AGUUAGGGUUUUUGGAGAGGGACAUGCUUGUAGCGGUGUCUGUUUUUCCACCUCAAGGCAAAUGUGUACUUGGCGGGCAUGUAUCCAUUUAUGUAUUCCUAUGGGGAUGGAGGAGGGGUGUUAAGGCAUACCUAGUGUUACAAAUUUUAAAUGCGAAAACACUGAUGGAGGGCUCUUAAUUCUCUGCUGGAGAUGAAAGCGUAGCUCGCCUCAGCCAUAAUUUGUACCGAAGAAGGUUGCAUCACAUAAUUUCACCCAACUCAAAUGGAAAAUCACAUUUAAAGAGUCACACAACCGGUCUCUCAUUAAAUAAUGACCGUCUGUACAAACUCACAUAUUCCACUGAAGUUCUUCUUGAUCGGGGCAAAGGAAAACUCCAAGACAGUGUAGGCUACCGAAUUUCAUCUAAUGUGGAUGUCGUCUUACUGUGGAGGAAUCCUGAUGGCGAUGAUGACCAACUGAUCCAAAUCACAAUGAAAGACGUAAAUGUUGAAAAUGUGAAUCAGCAGAGAGGAGAGAAGAGCAUUUUCAAAGGAAAAAAUCCACCCAAAAUCAUAAGAAAGGAAAACUUGGAAGCUUUACAAAGACCUGUGCUCCUUCAUCUAAUCCAUGGAAAGGUCAAAGAGUUCUACUCAUAUGCAAAUGAGCCGGUGGCCAUAGAAAAUCUCAAAAGAGGCCUGGCUAGCCUAUUUCAGAUGCAGUUAAGUUCUGGAACCACCAAUGAGGUGGAUAUUUCUGGGGAUUGUAAGGUGACAUACCAGGCUCAUCAAGACAAAGUGAUCAAAAUUAAGGCGUUGGAUUCAUGCAAAAUAGAGAGGUCUGGAUUUACAACCUCAAAUCAGGUCUUGGGUGUCACUUCAAAAGCCACGUCUGUCACUACCUAUAAGAUAGAAGACAGCUUUGUUAUAGCUGUGCUUGCAGAAGAGACACAUGCUUUUCGGAUGAAUUCUCUACAAACCAUUGCAGGCAAAAUAAUAUCAAAGCAGAAAUUGGAGCUGAAGACCACUGAAGCAGGCCCAAGACUGAUGUCUGGAAAGCAGGUUGCAGCCAUAAUUAAAGCAGUUGAUUCAGAGUACAAGGCCCUUCCCAUUGUGGGACAGGACUUCCAGAGCAAGUGUAAAAGAUGCCCUUCCCUCUCGGAGCACUGGCAGUCUACCAGAAAACACCUGCAGCCUGACAACCUCUCUAAAGCUGAGGCUGUCAGAAGCUUCCUGGCCUUCAUUCAGCACCUCAGGACUGCGACUAGAGAAGAGAUCCUCCAGAUCUUAAAGGCUGAAAACAAGGAAGUAUUACCUCAACUGGUGGAUGCUGUCACCUCUGCUCAGACCUCAGACUCAUUAGACGCCAUUUUGGACUUUCUGGAUUUCAAAAGUGACAGUAGCAUUAUCCUCCAGGAGAGGUUUCUCUAUGCCUGUGGAUUUGCCUCCCAUCCCAAUGAAGAACUCCUGAGAGGCCUCAUUAGUAAGUUCAAAGGUUCCUUUGCGAGCAACGACAUCAGAGAAACUGUUAUGAUCAUCAUUGGGGCCCUCGUCAAGAAGUUGUGUCAGAAUGAAGGCUGCAAACUCAAAGCAGUUGUAGAAGCCAAGAAAUUAAUCCUAGGAGGACUUGAAAGAGCAGAGAAAAAAGAGGACACCAUGAUGUACCUAUUGGCUCUGAAGAAUGCUCUGCUGCCGGAAGGCAUCCCACUCCUUCUGAAGUUUGCAGAGGCUGGAGAAGGGCCCGUCAGCCACCUCGCUACCACCGCUCUCCAGAGAUACGAUGUCUCUUUCAUAACUGAUGAGGUCAAGAAGACUUUGAACAGGAUAUACCACCAGAAUCGUAAAGUUCAUGAAAAGACUGUGCGCACUACUGCAGCUGCUAUCAUUUUAAAUAACAAUCCAUCCUACAUGGAAGUAAAAAACAUUCUUCUUUCUAUUGGGGAGCUUCCCAAAGAAAUGAAUAAAUACAUGCUCACUCUUGUUCAAGACAUCCUACGUUUUGAAAUGCCUGCAAGCAAAAUGGUCCGUAGAGUUCUGAAGGAAAUGGUUGCUCAUAAUUAUGACCGCUUCUCCAAGAGUGGAUCCUCUUCUGCCUAUACUGGCUACAUAGAACGUACUCCCCAUUCAGCAUCUACUUACAGCCUUGACAUUCUUUACUCUGGUUCUGGCAUUCUAAGGAGAAGUAACCUGAACAUCUUUCAGUACAUUGGGAAGGCUCAUCUUCACAGUAGCCAGGUAGUCAUCGAAGCCCAAGGCCUGGAGGCCUUGAUUGCAGCCACUCCCGACGAGGGGGAGGAGAACCUUGACUCCUACGCAGGCAUGUCAGCCAUCCUCUUUGAUGUUCAGCUCAGACCUGUCACUUUUUUCAACGGAUACAGUGAUUUGAUGUCCAAAAUGUUGUCGGCAUCUGGUGACCCUAUCAGUGUGGUGAAGGGACUUAUUCUGUUGAUAGAUCAUUCCCAGGAGCUUCAGUUGCAAUCUGGACUAAAGGCCAAUAUGGAUGUCCAGGGUGGCCUAGCUAUUGACAUUUCAGGUGCAAUGGAGUUUAGCCUGUGGUAUCGUGAGUCUAAAACCCGAGUGAAAACUCGGGUGGCUCUGGCAAUAACUGGCAGCAUCACUGUAGACUCCUCUUUUGUGAAAGCUGGCCUGGAGAUCAGCACAGAAACAGAAACAGGCCUGGAAUUUAUCUCCACGGUGCAGUUUUCUCAGUACCCGUUCUUAGUUUGCAUGCAGAUGGACAAGGAUGGAGCUCCACUUAGGCAAUUGGAGACCAAGUAUGAAAGACUGUCCACAGGCAGAGGUUACGUCUCUCGGAGAAGAAAAGAAAGCCUCAUAGCAGGAUCUGAAUUCCCUCUCCACCAAGAGAACUCGGAGAUGUGCAAGGUGGUGUUUGCUCCUGAGCCAGCAAGUACUUCUAGCGGUUGGUUCUGAAACUGAUUGGUGAUGUUUCACUUGAAUCUGUCUUCCCAGAAGGGAUACCAUGUGACAUGCCUGUGUACUUGCUCUCUGAGAGCACAGUGUUUACAUGUUUACCUGUAUUUAAGAUUUUUGUAAAAAGCUAUGAAAAACCUCCAAUGAUUAAAUGUGGGCCUAUUCGGUAUGCUCCCUAUAGUGUCAUUCUGAGCCAACAUACGUGAUACUUCCGGCAACAUUCCCAGUUUUCUUGUCCCUCCAUCAAAUCCCGUUUGGUGCGGUGGGAAGAGGGCUGUCCUGAGAAGAAACGAUUGUUUAUAAAACACAUGACAAAGCACGCAUAUGCUCAGGAGAACCCAAUUUUGUUUUAACAAUUUUUAAUCAGUGUGUAUAAAAACCUUGACAGGACCUUAAGCAUGGCUCGUUUCUACCAAAUGUGUCGCCCAAUCAGAAAACUAAAACAAAAACAAACAAAACACCAGACCUUUUUCUUUUUUUCUUUUUUGAGGGAAAGUGGGGGGGGGGGAGGGGAUAUGACUUUCUAAACACUUUUGUCACAGCUUCAAGAGUGAAUAUUUAUCUCUUUUGUUGUUAGUUUUACUAAGUAUUGAGGUAGAAGACACACAGAUUUAAAACAUACAUUAUCUUUCUGCGGACCACAAAGUCAGACUGCUAGAAGAAAGCCAUUUAGUUCUCUGACUUCUGCCCUGCAAAAAUACUGGACUUAGCACAUAAGAGUUGGAAAUACUAAUUUCAGAAACUCCAUUUGAUUUUACUUGUACUGUCUCUUUGAGACUGUCAUGUGGUACAGUGUCCUUUAUAAGGGACAUCUUAAUCUAGUCAUUAUUUUAUCUUUCAUUCAACUGUUUUGUGGUGAAAGUUCUAGUCUGUUUGAAUACAAUCUGUACAAAAACCAGAAUGGCCCAAAGACUUUAACACUGCUUUUAGAAACUGAUGGAUUUGGACUUCUAAAAUAUGAGAUCAAGAAAAUAUUGUCUUUAUCUGUACAAAUUGAAAGAGCCAUGUUAAACAUCUUUAAAUAUCUGUUAAUGAAAACAGAUAUAUGUGUUGAUAGUGAUAAACUCAAAACAGAUAAUAGUGCUCAUUUGCCCAUUACACACACACACACACACACACACACACAGACACACACACACAAUGGACGUUUAGCUAGCCCAUCACUGGUUGUAAAUUUUAAAUGACGUGUGGUGAAAUAAACAUAUGGAAAUCCUA